CGCAAAGCGGCCCAGAAAAGGAAAAGGAGAUAUAGGUUACGGCCGGCGGACGGAGCGGCGACGCCGGCGAGCGAGGAGCCGCCUUCAGCCUUGGUGUUGGAUCCGAUUCCGGAGCGGGAGGACUGAAACCGGCGAGGCAGCCGCAGCGGACGCGAGAUCUCGGGGACGGUCAUCGACGCUAAGCAGCGGUAAUUUUCUUGUCUGUAGCACAGACAAGAUGGUUAAUGCGAUCAAGGGGUUGUUCAUCUCCUGUGAUAUACCUAUGGCACAGUUCAUUGUUAAUCUGAAUGCCUCAAUGCCGGCAUCAGAGAGGUUCAUCGUGCACAUGCUGGAUCCUACACACAUGUUUGUCCAGCCUCAUGUGGCAGAAAUGAUCAGAAGCAAGAUAGGGGAGUUCAGAGACCAGAACAGCUAUGAGAAGCCGCAGUGAAUGAUCAUUCCACCUUGCGAUUUAUUUGCAUUGUUUCCCUCCCUCCCAAAGAUGCUUAACUUGCGCUGAAAUCUGCGGAACUUCUAUAGAAUGGGUGGUUGGAUGGCAUUUCCAUGCCUCACCCAUGAUGAUCAAUAAUAUAUAUUCGUAUUUUGAGUCUCAAAAACUGGUGUAUUUCAGUGACUUGCUUUGUAUCCGGGUUGAGCCUUUUUCUUGGUCCUAGCCACUUGGCAACGCACUUUUUGGCGUUGAGAAAUUGAAGCUGCAGUUGGUUACCUGUUUUGAA